CUUAUAGGGCUGGCACGUCGGUGUCUGUCAUAUGACUGUCAUUUCCUGGUAUCGUCGGUGGUAGCUGCAUCCAAACACCACUGACUGAGCGUCUCCGUCGGUUGUUUUCUCUCCAGUGGCUGACCCUGCAAGCUACCCAGCCAUGAUGUCUCGCUGCCUUUUCUUUUUUGUGUUUGGAAUCGUGUUCCAGCUAUCACAUGGCAUUGAGUUCAAUGUCACAAAAGAUGGAAAGUUAUGCCUCUAUGCCGAUCUGAAGCUCACAUUCAAGGUCACCUAUGAAGAUCUUGACAACCAGACUCAGACAGCUGUGUUUGCUUUAACUGAUGACGCCGAUUCAACUAAAAGUACAUGUGAUCCCAUGCACUCAAUACUGAUGCUUAAUUUUGGAGCGGGUCACUCUUUUACUAUGAGCUUCUCCAAGAUUGGAGAAGGUUACGAGGCGGACGUAUUCUCCUUUACCUACAAUCUCGGCGACCCUGUCCACUUCCCUAACUCUAAAUCAAAAGACCCUUCUACAGCAAUGGGGGUUCUUGACAUUAAAAACAUAGGCAUGGACACCUGCUACUCGUGCAAAAGUGAAGACCUGAUCGAAAGUGGUGAUGUCAACAUUACGCUGUGGGAUGUGCUUAUACAGGCUUUUAUCAGUGAUGGCAACAAGAGUUCUGAAAUAAGCUCCUGUCCUGCAGAUAAACCCGUCUCAAGUACAACUGCUGGUCCAAAUACCACUUCCCUACUCUACAAAAGUGACCAGGCUUUUAUCAUUCCUGCAGCCCUCAAGUACAAUACAACCACACUUGCCCCCAAUACAACCACACUUGCCCCCAAUACAACCACACUUGCCCCCAAUACAACCACACUUGCCCCCAACACAACAACUACGACUGUCCCUACUACCACCCCGGUACCCACUCUCCCUGUACCCAGUACUGGGAACUACAGCAUCAGGGCUGAUGAAAAUGGCACAGUCUGUCUGCUGGCCAACUUUGGUCUGCGCAUUGGUACUAAGGGCGAGGAAAUGAAUUUGGAUCCCAAUAGGGCCAAUGUCUCUGGAUCAUGUGCCGUCAACAGCAGUGAGCUUAUUUUGGCAUCUAAAGAAAUGACUAUCAAGUUUACCUUUACCAAUGACACAAAGAAAUUCCGCCUGCAUGCCCUGAGCAUCAGUGUCAGCACGGGCUCUGGUAAUUUUUCUGCAGAGAACUCCAGCCUCAAUCUGUGGGAGACCUCCAUCGGCAGCUCCUACAUGUGUAACAAGGAGCAGACCUUCAACAUCACCGACACACUCACCAUCUACACCUUCAGCCUGCAUGUGCAGCCCUUUGGAGUGAACAAAGGUGUUUUCAGUACAGCCCAUGAAUGUUCAGUGGACGACACCAGCAUCUUAGUCCCAAUCAUUGUUGGCGCUGCUCUGGCUGGCUUGAUUCUCAUUGUAGUGAUUGCUUACGUGAUUGGUCGAAGAAAGACUUACGUUGGAUAUCAGACUCUUUAAAUUCAUAUUGCAGUCGAUCUUGUGAUGUUAUGGGGGUUCCCAAGCCUGGUCCUUGGCCUUCAUGGUCACACAUUCAUGAGUUGGUCUAACACUAAAUCUACAGUUUUGUGAAAUGGCAUCAGUGUGGAGGGGGAAUCAAAAUUUACUGUCUGAUCAUUGAGGUUUAAAGUUUUGGUUAUUUCAUAAAGAUACAGGAAUUUCUCUCAAGGACCAGACUUGUCUACCCCCAAGUGUUUGUGGUGUCUGUUUUUUGCUUCCUCAUGUUGUUUUUGUUUCCCCUGAAUGUCUUUUCUGUUGUUGUGCUUUUUGUUAAUGGGCAAGUGCAAGAUCCAUCAAGCAUUUGUUUAAAUUGGAUAUCUGGUCAUGCAAAAGUCUACCAUUACCUUUUCAUAAACGAAUCCCCCUGAACGCUUUCCACAUUUCUAGCACAAGAUGUGACCAUGUAAUUGGUUUCUGUAGGAUCCUGCACUCGCUCAGCAGACAUUCCCCCCCCUUUUUGGUUUUUUUUUUUUUUGUCAUGAAAACACAUUUGUUUUGAUUUUUUUUUUUUUUUUCUUUUUUUUUUUUUUUUUUUUUUUUUACCCAUUGAAAAUUUGAGGUUUUCAAUUGAUUGAUGUCACAGCAGCUUUUUUUUUUCUCCUUCCCUUGAAAGUUCAUUAACACAGAUGAAUGUCUGCUCCUUUUAAAAGGCUGUAGAUAAAUAUGCCUUAGUUCAUGUUCGCCCCUGUAGAGCAGGAGAAACAUCAGAUACUUGUCCUGGUUAUGUGGCUCCAGUCAUGUCAUUGAUCAUAUCAAGAGUAAAAGCACACAUGGCGCUAAUGACUUUAACAAAGGCUCACCGAUGGAUUAUAAAGACGCUCAGUGACAAACCUGUGUGUGAAGCCAUUGUUAGUCAUUACAUUUGCACAUGCUCUGUUCAGAUAAACUGAAAAUUGUGUGGGGUGGUUUUCUCUCUUCCUCCCCCUCCUAAGACAUUUUGGCAUUAUGUUUAGAAAAGGGAUCGUACUAUUGUGUAGAUAUUCACUUUCAGCACAGAUGAUUCUGAAAUGGGGAUACUUACAUGUAAAUGCACUUAAACACUCUUUAUAUUUUUCUUCCGUUGACUCUGCUGUCACAUGAUCUCACCUGUGUAAAAUUCUGGGCUUUGGCCUGAGCUCUGUGGGUGGCUGCUGCUGGAUCAGUGGGUGUUAAAGCCCCUGAAAACUGGGUUCAGAGCUCUGCAUCUUUAGAUAUGUCACUGAACUGAGUAGGAAUGACAAAUGGUGCAGAAAUGGUUUGAUGUGUUGGGAAACUUGCAAUUCUCAUGCAUCUCUCUAGCUCACAACUUGACAUGUUCAUAUCAUGUUUGGUUAAUCUGUGCUACAACUCUUAACAAAGUCAGUCCAGUUUUCCAAAUGCCAAACUGUUUCUGUUAGGUUUCAGCUUACCUGUCUCUUUAAGACAUCCUCAGGCUGUAGUUUCAUCAGAUUAUUCUAAUAAAUGUGCAAACAACCACACAACUGCCAGGAUAACUUUAAUUGGUGUGCUGAAAUUAGCGAUAACUUGACAUUAAAGAGGCUGAAAGUAGGUUUUCAGGACCUUUCAAAUCAGGGAGUUGGAGCAGAGUAGCACAGUUGUGUAUGGCAGGCCACAGAAUGUGUUCUUUGUAAUGACAGACAGGCUGUGACACAACAGUAGCUGUAUGUUAAUUCAAGCAGAGUGCUGUGUACUGUUUAUUGUUCCAGCUUGUCGCAGCCAGAAAUCAUUACUUCUUUUUUUUUUUUUCCAAGAUGCUUGUGAAAUUUUGCUUUUCCCAGGUCACUGUAUAUGUGUAUAGUUAAUGGCACUUAAAUAAGAGCUUUGACUUUUGCUUGUGAUUGUUGCUGUUUGUAUUUCAGCUUUGUACAAGUUGCCUUAAUGAUGAAGAUGGGUUUUGCAGCAUUAAGAGUUUUAAUUAGACAACUGUCAAAUCAUCUAACAAGCUUUGCUCAGUAACUUUGUCCUGUGCAUUCAGUAACUCACUGCUUACUCGCGUGAUUUUUGGCUGCUUAAUUUCCCUCCACUCGUGGAGGAGAACGCACACACUUAAAGGGAAUCUGUGCUGCAAGACAAUCUGUGUGUUAUGUGGAUGCAACUGAUUUCCUCUGCAUUUUCUCAUGCUGUUAGCUAUAAUAAAUUGGAUUUCAAAUUGUGUCAGUGGAGCUUUUUAGUGUUUUCUACAGAAAUAAAAGAAUGUGCUGUUGA